AUGGUUAUCUUGAAAUUAAAAAGUGAUAAAAAAAAGAAAGAAAAAUCAAAGGACACUAAAAUAGAUUACCAGAAAUGUAUUAAAAAAACAAAAAUAAAAAAUAAAAAAAUUGAAAAGGAAAACAAUGAAUUUGAUCUUUCUAUAUUUAUGAAAACAGAUCAUGCUUCAAAUAAAAUACGCCAAUUGAAUUAUGGAAAAUUAAUUAAAGCAAUAAAAAAAAAUAAAAAUAUAAUUCAUAAUCAUAUAGAAAAAAUUAUAGAAAUAUAUGGAAUAGGAAUAAUAGAUGAAGAUACAAAUAUAAGAAAUUAUUCUUCUAAAAUAUUUUAUCAUUUAUUAAAUAAUGUUAAUUAUGAAGCAUUUUAUGGGAAAAUUAAAACUUCUUUAUUUCAUUCAUUAAAAAUAGAAAAAUCUUCUUUAAAAGUUUCAAAUUUGGAAUUAUGCUAUCGCUUUUUUUUUGAAAAAAUUGGAUAUUGUAAUAACUUCUUUUAUGAAUUUUUAAAUAAUGUUUUAGAAUGUUUCAUAUCGCUUUCUUUUGAGUAUCAAAUACAAAGUUUAAAAUAUAUUUUUUUGUUAUUCAAGUAUAAAAUAAAGUAUAAAGGGGAUAUUUCAAUUAAUGGAAAGAAAGAGAAAACUAUAUAUGUUAAUGAAAAUAGAGUAAAAAACAAUUUUAAGAAGAAUAAACAUAUAAAUAAGAAAAUUACAAGUGAGAAGGGGGAUCUUAAUAAUUAUAAAACUAUUGAAGAUACAGAAGAAAAUUUUAAGAAUAAUGAAGAAGGUUCUGAUUGUAGUGAUGAUUAUCAAAAAAUAAUUCAUAAAAAUAUGCUAAAUAAUUAUAAUGAUAAUUUUUUAAUUAAAAAAGAUAUUAAAAUUGCUGUUGAAAAUUCUACUAAAAUAGAUAUUUACACAAAACUAUUCAAAUGCUUAUAUAAUUUUAUGGAAGAAUCAAUUUAUAAUUCAGUUAACGUUGAUUUUGUGCAUUUAUAUAAAAAAAUAAUAAAAAUAAUAGUUUUUGUAAUAAGGAAAAAAAUAUUUUUAAAAAAGGAAAUGAUUUUUUUGAUUAAUAAAUUUAUAAAAAGAUCAAUAACGUUAAUUAAUGAAAAUUUGUUAAAUUUAAAAAAUUGGAAACUUUUGAAUUUGAUUUAUUACUUUAUUGUCUUAGUUAUACUGUUAGGCUUAAAAGAAAUAAAAUUUUUUGAAAUUGUAAAAAAAAAAUUAUACAUGAAUCAUUUACUUUUAUUAAGAUACUGUUUUUCAAUUUAUUACUAUACUCUUAUAAAAUUUGAAUUUUUUAUGAUAAAAUUUCAGAAAAAUGAAAAAGAAAAAAGUAACAAUGAGACAAAUGAAUAUAAUGAAUCAUACAAGUUAAAUUGUGUAAAUAGUAAUACUGUAUAUAAUGAAAUAAAAUGUAAUAGUAAUCAUGAUAAUGAUAAUGGAAAAAGUAAUGGUAAAAAUAAGAAUUAUAUAAAAUAUUCAAAAAAAUACUUUAAUAUAUUAAUAUAUUUUUAUCAAAUAUAUAUAAAUAAAAAAAAUAAAAAAAAUUUUUUAAAUUUUAAUACCUCAUUUGGAACUAAGAAUUUACAAAAUUUAGAAAUUGAUGAAAAAGGUAAUUCUGUACAAACUAUAAUAGAUUUACUUGAAAAUAAUUUAAAAAUUUGUUUAAAUGAUGAAGUAAAAAUGAUUAAUAAUAUUAUUUUAAGUUAUUUGAAGAAUUUUUCUGAAAAGAGUAUUGAGGAAAUAAUAUAUUUUUGUUAUUACAUAAUUAUACUUGUACAAAAUAAUAAUAAACAAAAUGGUAUUACUACUAAAAUUUUUAUUGAGCAAAUGCUUUUAACAAAAAAAAUUAAUGAAACUAAUGAAAAUAAUAUGAAUAUAUUACUAUCAUUUCAGUACUUAACUAUUCCUUUUGUCUUUUUAUUUCUUAUAGAUUGUAGUAUCUUUAUAAAUAAUAAUUUUUUCAGUAAUUUUUAUAAAUCUUUUAAUGAAGAAGAAAAAAAUAUAAUGGAUAUCAUUUAUUUUUUACAAAAUGAGGAAUCUAUUAAUAUAAUUACGAAUAAUACAUUUGAUAAUUUAAUUAAUAAUAUAUUAUUUUUUUUAUAUAAUUACAACGAAGAUUUUUUUGUGAAUAAUUUCUUGUUCUUCUUUUGUUAUUUAAAUAGUAAUAGCAAAAUUAAAAAAAUUUAUACUAAUUUUAGAAAUGAAGAAAGCAAAAAUAAAUUACAUCAUUUUUUAAGAUUAGAUAUUAGAAAUGAUUUAUGCAGAACAAUAAAUAAUGUAAAAACAAAUUUGAUUCAUUUUUUUUUGAACAAAAAUAAUUUGAAUAUAUUGUCAUUUGAAAUAAUUAAAAAUUUAUAUUUUUUAUAUGAGCACAAUAAUUCUAAACUUUUACUAUAUAUUUAUUACCUAAUUAUAAAGUCGAGCUUUCCUAAUUCAAGAAAUAAUUUAUUAGAAAAAGAAGCAAUGGCUAUUCUUUACAAAGUAUUCUCUGUAAAAAAAACUGGUUCUUAUAUAAUAAAGGAUGAAAUUAAUAAAAUUAAUAAUAAUAAUAUUAAUAAUAGUAGUAAUAAUAGUAAUAAUUAUAUUAAUAAUAAUUAUAUUGAAAUAUAUAAGAAAAAAUAUAGAUUCAUUAUAAAUAAUGAGUACAUAUAUAAAGAUGAUUUUUUAUAUUUUUUUUUAAACUUAAAUAUACAGGAAACAUAUUUUAUUUACAAAAAUUAUAUACAUUCAUUAAUUAAUUUGAAAUCGUUAAAGAAUAAUUAUAAUAAUAGUGUGUAUAAUUGGAAUGAAAUAAAAUAUAGUAGUAUCAUUUUAAUUAUAAAAAAAAUUUCUUAUAUUAUUUCAAAUAUAAAAGUGUUUAUUUUAAAAAAUAAUAAAAGUGUGAAUAGUAGUUAUAUCUUAAUUAAUUAUUUAAUUAGAGUUUUUAAGGAAAUAAAAUUAAGUAGUGAUUCAUGCAAUAACUUAUUUAUAAUAAUUAAAAUUAUUUUAUUAUUUUAUUUUACUUCUUUUUAUUUAUUUCAUUCUCUUUUUUUCAAAAAUGAUAAUAUUUCUGAAGGUAAACUAAAAGAUAAUAAAUGUAAGAAAAGUCUAAAGAGAAAAAUAGGUAAUAAAAAUUUCGUAAAUUUUAUAACAAAUAAAAAAAAAAUGAUAAAGGGGGAAUUUAAUGAAGUUUCAGUAUAUAAAAAUAAUAAAGAAGAAAUAGAAAAAAACAAUUUAGAAGUGCACACAAAUGUAUUUGUAAAAGAAGAAAAAGUGGAAAAAGGAUAUAAUUUUUAUAGUGACACUUUUCAUGAUAAAAUUGAUACUUCUUUUUUCAUCUCAUUUUUGAAAAAAUCUUUAAAUAAGUUUAUUAAUAUAAAAAAAAAUAGUAAAAUGAAUAAUUUAGAACAUAUUCUGCCGUACUUUUUUUCUAGAAAAUUUUUUAAUUUAUUAUUAGAAAAAGAAUUUUUUUAUUUUUCAUUAAUUAAUAAAGAAUUUGAAAAUUUAAAUUGUGUUAAUGAAAGUUAUAAUUUAAGAACACAUGAACACGUUCAAGAAAUGCUGGAUAAUUUUGAAAAUAAUAUAAACUUUGUUAGCUUUAAAAAAUUAAUUGAUUUACCUGUUAGAACAAUAAUCAAAUUAUUUUGCAUUUCUAUUUUUAAAGUGGCAACUAAUAAAAAUAUAUUAUAUGUGACAUUUUCAAAUAAUUUAAAAAAUUUACCAAAUGAAUAUUUUUAUCAUUUAAAUUUUUUUUUAUAUUUUUAUUAUUUUAUAUCUUUUUUAAUUAAAAAAAUUUUGUAUUUUACAAAGUGUUCUUUUUCUUUUUCAAAUUAUUAUUCUAUAUCAUUUUUAAUAAAUACAAUUUUAUGUUCAUAUUGUAUUAAAGAAGAAGUGGAAAAGGUUAUGACUUCGUUUAAAGGAGAAGAAAUAUUUGAGAUAACAAAAAAGAAGAUAAAAAAGUUAAAUAAAAAAUUAAAUAACACUAUUGAUAAUAUUUCGAAAUAUGAAAAUAAAAACUUUUUUCCCAAUGCAGAAUUUAUUAAACAUUAUUUUUAA